AUGCCAGCAACGAUAGGGCAGUUGCCUUCACAUCUUGAGAAGGCGCGUUCCAGAGUUGGCGUCGGAUUCAAGAAGAUUAGCAACCCAGUCGGAACAUAUGGCGCGCGGACAUAUCAAAGCCUAGGCUACGACAAUAGUUUGCGCCUAAACGACUUUAAGGAAAAUUGCACUCUUGAAAUACUCUUCUGCGAUGACGAAGAGGUGCUGUUUGAUUUGGUCGGGACCGAUGCUCCAAUUGCUAAUGCUCUGCGACGCAUCCUGCUCAGCGAAGUACCAACGCUCGCCAUUGAAAACGUCUUCGUGCACAGGAAUACAUCCAUUAUGCACGACGAACAACUGGCGCAUCGCCUUGGACUCGUGCCGCUGAAGAUCGACCCGCGGCCUUUUGAGUAUUGGGAAAAGGGUCUACCGGUGACAGUGGCGAAUACUGUGAAGUUAAGCUUGCGGACAAAGUGUGAGUUUAACCCGUCUGCGCCGAGAGAUGGUGAGGCCCCCCCUAGCGUCUUGUACAAAAAUUCCAGCGUGUUAAGCGGUUCAAUUGAACAUGUCCCGUUCGGAGGUCAUGAACAAAGUAAGUUCAUCGGCAAUGAAGUACCAAGGCCUGUUCACGAGGAUAUUCUGCUAUGUAAAUUACGGCCUGGACAGGAAAUCCAUGUUGAAAUGGAUGCCACGAAAAACAUCGGCAGGGAACACGCGAAGUGGUCCCCUGUUGCGACAGCUGGUUACAGGAUGCUUCCGGAAGUGAAUUUGAAAACUCGCGUUGUUGGUGCAACUGCGAAAAGACUUGUGAACCUAUGUCCGGCGAAGGUGUUUGAUAUUGAAGACGACGUUGCGGUUGUGGCACGACCACGGGAUUGUACUGUCUGCCGCGAGUGCAUUAGAGAACCCGAAUGGGAGGAAAGAGUUGAACUCACACGAAAGCGUGACCAUUUUAUCUUUUCUGUGGAAAGCACUGGGGCCAUGCCUGCACCUACUCUUGUUACAGAAGCACUGUCUGUACUUACCGGCAAGUGUGAUUUGGUGCUUGCAGCACUGGACGCAGCCCUUAAACAACGGACGACUCACGAUAACGGUGUCGAUGAGGAAAAUCCGGACGUAGAAAUGGACGAAAGUGAGGGAUCCUGAUGACAUUACCUUGGUAUGCCCUGAGGGCGUAUCUAGUUUGUACUUCGACUUGAUUAUAGGUGCUGCGAGCCACUCUUCGCUCAAAGCGAGUGUUGUCCGCUGGAUAGGUGUACGUCCAUGUAAAGUUAUGUGUUUCGCCUUUCCGUGGAUGAUUUCCGUGGCGACAAGAUUAACUUCCUGUCAACCUUAUGGCGACAGCUUCUGCUUCCUGAUUAA